CCCGUCCUAUCGCAAUUUUGCAGGUACCAUCCAAAUGUAUACUAUGUUAACAAGAUGGUGAAGCUUGUAAGCCUGCAACUCGAAUUGAAGGCUCUCGCCCCUUGUCAAAACUUUGUUCUUCUAUUCAGUAUCAAAGUUCUUCGCUGCCUAUACGAGAGGUAAACCCCGGUACCCUAUUGUGUGAAUACCCUCUUUUUUUCUAACCUUCUGCUGGCCUUCGUCUUAACUGCAAGCUUCGACUAUCUGAACAAUUACUCUCCUUCGUCAACGGCAAUUUCAUUUGUUUGAUCUUUGAUACCCCCCAUCCUCUUCUGUCACCUUUUGAUCUUUUACAAUUUUUUAAUGUUUCCAUAACUUGAACUUCUCUCGGGCCCCUAGUACCAAGCCCAUACAACCAGCCACAUCACGAUUUGCGACGACCGAUCCAAAUUCAAAAUCAAAAAUAAUAGCGGACCGGCCGUCUCAUGAAACCAACUAUCCAACCGUCGUCGUCACUCCUUCAUUCCUAAGUCUUAUCUGCGACAAGCUACUAUUUGGUCACUUGGUCACCUGUCGCCCGCUGUUUCGCAAGUGAAUGAAUUUACUCGCUACCGGCCGUACGUACCCGCGUAAGAAGCUAAGGUCGGAUCCUACAUCCUUCGCUGCCGCCUCAUGCGGUUGACCGAUCCGCAGCUACGGUGCGACCAACCGCCUCAAUGCCCUGGCAACCUUUGCCUCGUAUCGCCUUCGCCGUCGCGACCUAUCCUUUCGAGACCAAGAACGAGAACGAACUUCCCCUAGAGAUCGGCGAUGAUCUAUACAUUAUCGAAGAGACCUCGGACGGCCAAUGGCUGCGGGGGUAUCUGUUAGCGCCUCCCUCGCUUCUGGCUGGCCUAACUUCCGUCAGGGGUCAACCUCUCGAAGCUCGUGUCUUUUCUGGCAUUUUCCCGCGCACAUGCGUCGAGAUACGCGAGGUGUUAGAUAACGGAGACGAGAAUUCUGAGAAUAGCAGUAGCUACCAGGGAGAGGACGAUGCGCCGCCUAUCGGGAGCGACUCUGGUAAGAGCGGAGUGGCUUCGAGCACGAGGAAGCCCUACUUUAGAGACCUGGAGAAUGGGAGUAGGCCGCAUAGACCGAAUGGUACUAUGUUAGGUGGUGCAACCACCCGUGCUUCUGAGUUCGGAAUACGCGAACCUGGUGCGCCUAAGCCAGCCGCGCCGGUGCCGAUGCUUAGGUUAGGGGACGAAACGCCUACCUCCACUAUGGAACCUCUGGUAGACGAGAUCGCGUCGUGUCUACGCGAAUGGCACUCGACUAAUUUCCACGAGCUAUUGCUUACGAGGCAAUAUGCUAAGCUUGACAAAGUAUCCCAGCUAAUACAAGCCCUGGACCUAUCGAGGAGACAAUUUCUACAUAACCUUCUCACCACUCGUGAAUAUGAUGCAUUGCGGGAGAGGACCGUCUGGGAUCUGGUUAGGGGAAACAAACUGUGCGGCGGAGAGGUCAUCGUGCGAGAUCCUAACGAAAGAGGAAGAGUUUUAACUGGCGACGAUUCGGUUGUGGAAAUCACCAAGUUGCAGUCGGUUAUGAGCUUAUUAGACGAACCGCCGCAGCCGCAAGCCGAAUUGUCCGCAUUACACCAUCUAAUGGUUGAUAUCAGGAGCUUCGCGGGCUCCUCCAACGAGCCCGCAACGUUGGUACUGUACCUCGUUAGCAAAUCGAUCGGAGGAACCCUGACGAGGCUCUCGGAAAGCUACAUAAUUGAAGUACCAUCAGGUGGUACGAUGGGUUAUCUGACCAGAAAUCCGCAGAUGCGUACCUUAUUUACCGAUCUGACUUCCGCUGAUAUCGGCGAUGGACCAUCCGCCGACUCAGAACUAUACCUGAUCGUCAAGGUACGCUCCCCGCAGCAGGUGGUAUCGAACAAGCCCGUCUCGAGGUCAGGUUCGUUUGGUCAACCUAAUACGCCAUUUUCGAACAGCAAACCGUCCUCCGGUGGUAAGCCUUCUAGGAGGAGCUUGAUGUGGGGAACUACGAGAUCUGGGUUUUCUAGAGGUGGAACAAAGCUCGACGCUUUAUCCGAACAGCCGGAGGACCGGCCUCGAACGGAUAAUCACGAGAGCAGAGAUGGUACGAUGCCCCCGAGUACCGCCGGUUCGAGGGCGGGACGCCAAUCCUUCGACGGACCGCAACCGACGCAGAUGCUAGCGGAGAGGAUGGUGGGCAUGGGUGUGCUAAGUCUGAACUCGAUCAUGAAGCAGAAUGAAGAGUCAGAGCAUGUGGUUACGGUUUGGGCGCCAUCCGCGAGGUUCCCUACUGAAAAGUACGACAGCGCUGACGGAUGGAACGGGCUGGUUCUUGACCUUCUGGAAAGCAAAUCAGGUCACUACGAAAAGUCUAGGAGGGCAGAGCGGUUGCAGAUCCACCUGAAGUCUUUCAACAGCCCCGACGCAGAUGCUCUUAUCAGAGCGACUCCUACUUUGCUUGCCGGCAUUAGUAAAACUAGCAAGAUGGGAUUCUCCGGCGCCCCGACGAAACCUCGGUCUGACAUCUACGUGACAGUCGCAGAAGCCCUUCUAGCUCGUCAGAACCUAAUCUCGCGUUUUGGAGCCGGCGCGACGAAUAUAUCUAGCAACGUGCACGGCAACAAUCUGAUGGUCUCCUUGGAAGUCCGGCGGCAAUCAGGAGAGCGAAUCGAGGAUUGUAUAUACCCGUCUUCAAAUUCGGAGCCGGUGACUACGUGGCGCUCGUUUGCUGUAGAGCGUGGCGAGCAGUGGGAUCAAACUAUUCGACUCUCGCUCUUGCCCGCCGAUGUCAGCACGUCAAACGUCGUGUUCACCGUUUCCGACCUACCUAAUACGCCUUUUGCAAUUGCGUACAUGCCCCUAUGGGAUCAACAGGCGUUCCUGGGCGACGGCCCGCAUUCUCUACUCCUCUAUAAGCUGGAUGAGUACACGCAAACCGCGCAGGCUGGGCCGACAGGUAGGGGCGGGUAUCUAUCCCUCCCCUGGAGCGCUCGUAGCGACCAGAGUGAUGUCACCGGCCCACUUGCAACUCUUCGAAUUGAGACGUAUCUCUGUAGCACCAGAUUCUCGCAGGAUCGAAUAGUCCUUGGGCUAUUAAAAUGGAAAGAGAGUCCCAGAGACGAAAUCCCAACGCUGUUGAAGCAGCUCGUGUUUGUGCCCGAGAUCGAGGUCGUCAAGUUGCUAAGCGAUGUUCUCGAUGCUCUCUUCGGUAUUCUGGUUGAGUAUCAAGGCAACGACGAGCACGAAGACCUCGUCUUCACCGCCCUCGUCCGAGUUUUGGGCAUAGUCCACGACCGUCGGUUUAACUUGGGCCCUCUGGUGGAUCACUAUGCCGAGACCAAGUUCAACUAUCCCUUCGCCACGCCCUGCCUUGUCAGGUCUUUCACGCGGCUCCUGACAAAACCGACCGAGUCGGAGACUGCUCGGAAGCUAAGGGCUACCCUUAAGGUUGUACGCCAUAUCCUUAAAUUUAUCACGCAUGCGAGAGGUCAGCAGAAGGUCAAAGAGGUUGGUAUCGGUAUUACCGGCAGCACGGCCGGUUUUACUCGACACCUGCAAAGUAUAUUCAAGGCUCUCGAUUCGAUGAUGCGAAGUACUGCACCGGUUUUGGUCGGAAGCCAGACGUUGGCCGUACAGCAUUUUCACACCUGGUUGCCCGAACUUACCGGAUUACUAACCACCGAAGAGAUCCUUCACAUAGCUAUCGACUUUAUGGAUUCGUGUGCCCUGGUCAAGGGCAAGCUGGUGCUGUAUAAGCUAGUUCUGAUCCUUAACUACUCUAAGCUAGACCUAUUUGCUGGUCCGGAGCAACGAUCCGCUCUCUGCGCAAACACGGUAAGAUGGAUUGCACCGCAUUGGGGUCGGACGGACGAUGUCACAGAGCAAUGGAAGGAGCAAGUACGCCUUUGCUGCUCAGUCCUAGCUAGCCAGGCCGAUCAUCUUAAUUCUGAGAUCCCCGACUACAUACCGAAGAUUGUCGGCUCUUACCUAUCUAUCCAAGCUACGGAGCUGAAACCCAAAACCCGAUUUUCAAUGUUGUUUCCGAUAACGUACCCUUUCCCGAGCAAACAAAUAUCCGGCGAUGCUGUUCAAUUUGACGAGGCUCUGAUCGAAUUAUCAGCAAUCUUGUCUGCUCUUUCGAACUCGCCCAAUGGAAUGCAACUUGAACUGGCCCCGGAAGACCUCACUAGCCUCUUGAAGAAUACGCUCCACGUGCAUACAAGUAUAUUGCAGGGGGAAGCUUUCCCGUCAAGUUGGUUAAGCGUGUAUAUAUAUCAUCACAAGUCGACUAUGAGAACGCUACAAUAUCUUGCAGGCAUUCUCCUGGAAUCCUUUUUACCUCACCCCGACGAGGCCGAAGACUUCGAUACGGAGUUGUGGCGGAUGUUCUUUUCCACACUGCUAAAACUCGUCGGCAGCGGACACUUGGCACUCGAGACCUUCUCGGAGCAAAAGCGAAGAGCAGUUUGGAAGAUUGCCGGUGACGUUAGGGAACACGGUGCCGAGCUGUUAAGGCGUACCUGGGAAGCUAUUGGUUGGGAGACGAGCCCCGACGAGAGGUCCCGAUAUGGGUUAACAAAGAUGGGCGGUUAUCAAGUCCAAUACGUCCCUACGCUGGUUGGUCCUAUAGUCGAGCUUUGCCUGAGCGUUCACGAAGGACUGAGGAGGAUGGCCGUCGAAGUUCUCCAAACUAUGAUCGUCAGCGAAUGGACGCUGAGCGAAGACCUAUCCGUCAUCCAGACAGAGAUGAUCGAUUGUCUGGAUGGAUUCUUCAAAGACAAGACCAUGACUGAGAGUAUAUUGCAAAAGCUCUUCAUCAGCGAGCUUCUCGACCGAUUUGAGCCGUUGUCGCUGGUUGAAGGCGAUCCGCUAUACUCUGCUUUAAGAGGCUUGAUCGAGACGAUUUCCGAGUUUCUCGACCUUCUUGUUGCCGUUCAUAGCGGAGAUAUCACGAGCGAAGCUUCUCAUCUAAUCAACCGCCUUCAGCUCAUGGAAUUUCUCAGAGACAUGCAGAAGGAAGAGAUAUUUAUCCGAUACGUCCAUCAAUUAGCAACUUUGCAAUUCGAUGCCAAGAAUCAUACCGAAGCCGGACUAGCCCUUCGCCUUCAUGCUGAGUUAUACGAUUGGGACCCUUCAAGGUUAACGCCUGCGUUACAAGACCCAGAUCUUCCAGAACAGUCUCAUUUUGAACGGAAGGAGCGAAUUUACUUCGACAUGAUCAAACACUUCGAAGAGGGAGAAGCCUGGAGCAGCGCGCUCGCGGCCUAUAAGGAACUUCAGACCCAAUACGAGAGCAAUGUCUUCGACUUUGCCAAACUUGCUAGAACCGAAAGGGCUAUCGCGACCAUCUAUGAAAAGCUGACAAAGAGCGAUAAAUUGGUACCAAGAUACUUCAAAGUUGUCUAUAAGGGUCUAGGAUUCCCCUUAAAUCUGCGCGACAAGACGUUUGUGUACGAGGGCUCGCCGACCGAGCGGACGUCAGCCUUUACGGACCGUAUGCAAGAGCAAUAUCCAGCCGCUCAGAUUCUUACGUCGAGCGACGUCGAUAGCGAAGUUGAAGGGCAAUACUUGGUCAUCUCAGCCCUCAGCCCUCAUCGCGAUCUAAGUCAUCAGGUAUUUCAGCGCGCCAGAGUCCCACAGCCUAUCCGCGAUUAUCUCCUUUCGGCUCGUGCGCAGAUGUUCUCAGUUUCGUCUAAGCGCAGCACUAACGGACCCGUCGAUACGCACUAUGCCGAAAAGACGGUUUAUACUACGGCCGAGCCCUUUCCUACUAUCCUACGGCGUAGCGAGGUCGUGGACGUCCACACUAUACGGUUGGGUGCUAAGGAGACGGCCCUCGAACGAAUUGUGCGGAAGACGCAAGAAAUGACAGCCGUCGAGAAGAAACUAGCCGAAGAAGAAGAUGAAGAAGUUGCUCAGCUGAUGGUAGACGCCAUUAGCAUCUCGGUGAAUCCCGAGUCGGAUAGCAGCGUUGCCUGUUAUCGCCAGCUUCUUCCUAUCCCACAGUCCGAGGAUGAUGAAGAACCGGAGCUAGACCAACAGGAGAACGCUAUCAAGAUGGCGCUCGUAGACCACGCGAUCAUGAUUAAGAGAUGCUUAACCAGUUUUGCUCGUAGUUCAAACCCUGUUCUCCUGAAGGGAUACGAGGACUCGUACAAGCAUUUCUUGUCUACAUUCGCGCCGGAGAUUGCGAUUUUCGCACCUGCUCAACCGCCUCGCGACAACGCCUCGGCUGCAUCAUCACCCGCUUGGCAACGGUCAUCUCCCACCGCAGAGAACUUAUCGCCAGAAGCCAAAGCCGACAUAUUGGCGGCAAACGCAGUUGGCGUAGUAGAAGAAGCAUCAGCCGCUCAACCGAUUUCUAUGAAGCAACGCGGGGCAAGACUCAGCUUCUUAGGUGGGAAAAAGAAGGAGCCCCAGCAAUCUCAACAGUCUAACGGCGACACGUCAAGCUUGAAGCAAACCAAGGGCGACAGCGAUUCUAACAGCCAAGUAAGCAGAGGAAGGGACAAUUCAAAUCGAAGGAGCAUAUUCCGUACCCAGUCGAGCGACACUAAUCUUAGCUCGAAUCCGUAUGCUCAGCCUUACUCUAAUGGUAUCGUCGUUGACUCAACCACACCCGAUUGGACGGUUGACCGGUCACGCAAAAGCAAGGAGAUAGUAGACGUCUUCGAGAGGGACUUUGAUAAACCCAGUGAUGGUGGGAUAGGGUUUAAUUCGGUCAAGAAAAGGCUGAGCCUGUUGAAGUUGGGAAAGAAACCGAGCAAACCCAAUGGUUUCUUCAUGGGUGGCGUAAGUGAGGAAUAAUACUAGACAUAUCCAAAGUUGCUGGUUUGUGAUGCUGGAAAUACACAAUGGCAGUGGGUACUGUACGUGAAGGGAUACCAAAUUUGAUGGAGCAGGAUAAUGAAAAAAAAGCUUGAGGAACAAACCUGGCGUUCUGGACAAUCAUCUUGACGGGGCGAAGUGGCGCCAGCACUCAACUACUGUAUCGAAUGCCAUUUAUCCGCUGCUAGCGGACUGUUUAUUUGGGUAUCGUUUCCCUCUGAAACCUUUUUUUUGUUCUUUUUUUUUCGAUGAAGAUUCUGCCUCUUCUCGGCCCAUGGAGGAUUAGUAGAGUUACACAUUUCUGGCAAUGAGACCUUGGUUUCGUAGUCGAGGAGCAUCCACCGAUAGAUUAUCAAUGUUACAAUCCAUCACGGGGAACUGAUUUACCUAUCCACCUAAUCAUAAAAACUUGGAACGUUCAGCACUUCCUUCUAUUGCGGUACGCCAGCUCACCUCUUAAGCUAGGUAUUUAGCUUAAUAACCUAAAUAAAUCAAAUUCCGAUUUCGAUCUACGAGGCCUAAAAUGUAGUCAAC